UGCUGUUCGCAGUACUGCGCGCUCGCUCGAUCAGGUUUCUAGUGCAGUCCCGGUCGACUUUCUGCGUACAUAAUUAUCCGCCAGGAGGGUCCAAAGUGCAAUUUCCCGCAAAUAUAUACAAACUGGGAGACUUGCGUAUUAGUAUACUAACUCCAAAUUGAGUUUAAAGUCCAUUUUCGCAACGUGGAGAGUUGUCAAUGACCGCCAACUUAGUGAAUGGAGUCAAGCAAGAGAGCGGUGGAGGGGACGACGGGGAUGGUAAUGGAGCUUGCCUAAUUUGUGCGGAUAGAGCUACGGGAAAGCACUACGGUGCAUCGAGUUGCGAUGGCUGCAAGGGGUUCUUUCGGCGUAGCGUUCGCAAAAACCACGUUUACUCCUGCCGAUUUCAGAGAAAUUGUGUCAUAAAUAAGGACAAGAGGAAUCAAUGCAGAUUCUGCAGGUUACGCAAAUGCUUCAGGGCCGGAAUGAAGAAGGAAGCGGUCCAAAAUGAGCGGGACUCCAUCUCAAAAAAACCCAAGGAGGAGAAGAAAUACGGUCUAACAACACAGUCUCUUCUCUCAGCUGAGAUCCUAUCUAGGCCUGCAUCUUCACCACCAGAAUCCAUCUGUCUAGAAAAAGAAGCAAAUUACAGUGAUAUCUGUGAAUCUAUGCGGCAACAACUUCUUAUUUUGGUGGAGUGGGCAAAACACCUUCCGUGUUUCUGUGAGCUACCAUUAGAUGACCAAGUGGCUUUGCUGAGAGCUCAUGCUAGCGAGCAUCUUGUGCUAGGAGUAUCAAGGAGAUCUCUCAAUCUCAAGGACAUUUUACUGCUUGGGAAUGAUCUUGUUAUACCACGGCAGGCUGGAGAUACUGAAGUCCGCAAGAUUGCUACACGGAUAUUGGAUGAGAUAGUUUUACCAAUGAGACAGCUUAACAUUGAUGAUGUUGAGUACUCAUGUCUUAAAGCCAUUGUUUUCUUUAACCCAGAUGCCAAAGGACUUGGUGAUUCACAGAAAAUCAAGGCCUUGAGGUUCGAGAUACAGACAACGCUAGAAGACUAUAUCAGUGACCAUCAGUACGAGUGCCGGGGCAAGUUUGGGGAGAUACUUCUACUGUUACCUACACUCCAAGCAAUUGCACUGCAGAUGGUGGAACAGAUUCAGUUUGCAAGGCUCUUUGGUGUUGCUAAAGUUGACAGUCUUCUCCAGGAAAUGUUAUUAGGAGGCACCAACAUAACCGAGCAGCUAGAUGCAGCAUCACUCUCACUCUCCCAACCCCCACCAGAUGGUGCUGUCUCUCCUACAGAACAAGUCCUCAGCUCACCACCGCCUGAACAACUCUUUGCACCUUCACUAACACCAGUGAUAAGUGGAACUCCUAAUCUUGGUAUGACAACACCUGUCUCUCAAAUGUCGGAUAAAAUUUCUGCUUCGCAGCCAGAGCAACAGUUCACGCCACAAAUGGCGCUGAUGAACACAGCACCUGCAUCAUCUCUGCCAACUCUCUCUUCAGAGGAUAUUAGCAGAGAAACUUCAGUUACUCGCUCACAACCAAAAAGAACUGCAACCAGACAGCAAUACUUCAGACAGGAACAGUGUUCCUCUGUAGCAAAGCGUGAGCGAUUUGAUACAUAGUCACCAACUGUUAGAAAUGGAAGUGUUUGAAUGUGAAGAGCUAAAUUGUGACUGAUCAGAUCAGCCUUCUGUAGACAAUGCAGUUAUCUCUAAGAAAGUUGUCGUUUGACUAGGUAACAGAGCCAGCUCAAUAAGGCACUUAAAUCAAGUGUUAAGCAACCAUGAUUCAUCCAACAGCUGCCCGCACUUUGGGGUAACCCUGCAAUAUACACACUUUAGCCGAUGACAAUCAAGUCUCUUGACAAAUAACAAUCAGUACACUUAUUGAACAGAUAAUGUUCCUCAGGUUGAUGCACAGUGCGCAUCAACCAUUUAGUUUAGCAAGUGACAUGUUCUCACUCAUGCACCUAUACAGGCUUACAUUACUUGCUACUAGUGCAACCUCAUAAACUUGAAUUAGUGCAAGCCCUGAUAUGGAGGACAUUCAAAUUUGAACUUUUUUCGGUGGCAUAUUUUUUAAUUGGAAUGAAGCAGAUGUUUUUUUUUUUUUAGAAAAUUUGAUGGGCCUAAACCUACCUUUUUUGAUUAAAAAGUUGUAUAUAAGAUAUGUUUCAUACUUUGAAUAUAAGAAAUGUAUUGCACUUUCACUUAGUUUACUUUAUUUUGUGACACAAACUAACACAAAAACUAAACACUCUUUGAUAUAUAAGUUACAAAUCGUAACCCCUCAUAAUGAGGCAUAAAUAACAUAUAUCGUACGCUAUAAUUGUCAAAGAUCGAACCUGCUUCCGCCAAAAUAAUGGAUAUCAUUCUGCUAUUAGUAUGGGUUUCGUGGUUGCGACCAGCCUCCAACUUCUUUGAAUUGUUUGAUUCUCCUCCUGUUUUAUUUCAGUCCCUUUAUGUGUUUUUAUGAGUAAAAAACUGCCAAAAGAUUACUGAAACCCAAGAAUAAUUCUCACCCUAAUUCUUAGAUAAUCUAAAUCUAGAGGUUGAUAUCCCCAUGGCUGCUUCCUUUAAACUGAAAUUAUUAAAGAAUUAUUAAUUUGGAAAAUUAACUUACAGUGGUAUGCCCAGAAAAUGUGCCACUGGGUAUGGCUCACCUUUGGUCCUGCCUUGAAAAACAAUUUACAGCCAGAACAUCAGUAGUUUUGAAUAGAGACUGGCACAUAAUAUCAUUGGUAAAAUUAUUUUUAUACUUAGGGUUUCAUGUUGUAUAUUUUCUAUGACAGUAGAUUUGUCUGACUGUUAUUGCUAUUUCAAUAAAAUAUGUAGGAAGUGA